UGAACUCAAAACACAAAAUCUCACAUGCAGACAAAUUUCGCGAAAAUUGUCAUUUUUUCGCAUUUUAAAAUAUCCUGUGCAUCAUAAAAGUAGUGCAAAUUACGAAGAAAAAAUCAGAAAUUUUAGAAAUUUUGUGAAAAUAUUGAAACACGUGAAAAUUUAAAGAUACAAACGUUAUCAAUUCAAUUGUUGCAUCAUCGACUCACGAGAAAAAGGAAAUUAUCGAAAAAAAAUCAGAUUGAACCAAAAUCCAUAUAAUGAUUGAAAUGACUAUAAAAUCAAAUUGUAAUGUUACAGACGGUAACAUUUGCUGUGACGCUCAAGUGCAAAAUAAAAACAAAUUAAAUUUGCUGUUGAUUUGACUGAAAAAUCAACUAAAACACGUUAAUUUUCCUUAAUAAUUUCUCUAUUUUCUACACUCUUUAUGUAAAUAAUACAAUUAUCAAAUAAAUUAAGUGAAUUUUAUCAUAACGAUACAUAAACUACAAAAAUUAUCGAAAAAUCAACAUAGAAGCAGAUAAGAAAGAAAAUUUUGUUCACAUCACAAUAACAACAUGGCAACAAUGAAAAGUAGCAACACGAAUGGUGCGUCAUCAGGUGCUAAAAAGCUCAUAUUUUCACAUGUGAAAUACGAAAACUUAUUAGCGGGCAUAUCGGGAGGAGUUGCUUCAACGUUGCUGUUACAUCCCCUUGACUUGAUAAAGAUCCGUUUCGCAGUUAAUGACGGAAGAACAGCUGCUGUUCCUCAAUACAGAGGCUUGACGAGUGCCUUUGUCACAAUUUUCCGACAAGAAGGCGUAAAGGGCUUGUAUAAGGGAGUCACGCCAAAUGUUUGGGGAAGCGGAAGUGCAUGGGGUCUUUAUUUCAUGUUUUACACUUCAAUUAAGACAUGGGUUCAAGAAGGAAAUACGACAUUAGCUCUCGGACCUGCGAUGCAUAUGUUAGCUGCUGCUGAAGCGGGAAUUUGUACACUUGUCUUGACAAAUCCAAUUUGGGUUGUGAAAACUCGUUUAUGUUUGCAACUGAAUAACGAUGCGCUGCCCGGAGACAAUCGAAGCUACAAAGGCAUGAUCGAUGGUUUAACGAAAAUCUAUAAAACAGAAGGAGUUCGAGGACUUUAUCGAGGAUUUGUGCCGGGCAUGUUCGGAGUUUCGCAUGGAGCUGUGCAGUUUAUGGUAUAUGAAGAGAUGAAGAAUCAUUACAAUCAAUACCGUAAACUUCCCAUUGAUACAAAGAUGGGUACCUCUGAAUAUUUGACGUUCGCUGCAAUUUCCAAACUCAUCGCCGCAGCAGCUACUUACCCAUAUCAGGUUAUUCGAGCUCGUCUUCAGGAUCAAAAUCAUUCAUAUAACGGCACAUGGGAUUGCGUAAAGGAGACAUGGAGGUAUGAAGGAUAUCGUGGCUUUUAUAAAGGUUUGCAAGCAAGUCUUACAAGGGUUGUGCCGGCAACAAUGGUUACUUUUCUUACCUAUGAAAAUGUGUCUUAUUGGUUACUUCAUAGGGACAAGAAAUAAUAUUAGUUUAUUUCGUUUUUAUCAAGCUCAGUAGAUAGUUAAUUAGUUCCUUUCAGUAUAGGCCAAAACAAAGCCUAAUUACGGGUUUUGGAUGAUAGAAAACGAUACCAAAAAAUGGUAAAAAUGCAUUUUUGUUACGAAAUUAUCAGAAUUGAGUUUAUAUUUUAAAGAAAUGAAAGAGUAAGUAUGAAGGAUAGAGUAGUUUUCGGAUUAGAAAAA